AUGAUUUGCUGUACUGGUACGGCGAAGGACGCAACACGACAUCACAUACUACAUUAUAAUGAAAAAACCUNACUGCAUCAAGAUGCCAAGAAUGAAUUAAAAGCGUACAAAAAGAAGUAUGGACCUAUCACAGAAGUUGAUAAAGCUUAUCAGAAGGCUAGAUCCCAGAGUUCAUCAGCAGAUGCUCAGUGUGGCAGUGAUCCUUCAGGUUCAGGCCACAGUGGUCAUACAGUACAACAGGAGAAAGAGCCAGCAGGUACAGCCACUGCCUCCUCCUCAGCAAGUGGUUCUGUCAUUUCCCAGCCAUCUGGUACCAGUCAGCCUAACGGCCAUCCAGCCAAACUGAAGCCUAGAAGUCAGCUUAAGAAACUCUCUGAAGAAGUUGAAGAGGACUCUGACUCUCUCACAGAAGCUGAACUAGAAAAUGAAAAAAAGAAAAGUUCGGGUGACCAUUCUGCAGAACAUCUUGGAUUUAUCCUUCCCUCCAUGUCCAGUGGUCUGAGUAUCUCCAGUGGUGAACUACACACACCUAGCCAGCCUGGCAGUAGUGGACAGUCAAGUGACCAGCUAGCAGCUCAAGGCGGGGCUGAAAUUCAAGGAAAUGACCAAAUGCCAGGGUCAUUUGAUCGAUUGCAGCUGGCACAGUCUCUGCACCAGUCUGGAAGGACAUUGUCCUUACCAGAAAGCAUUGAGGUAUCAAUGCAUGUGCCUCAAGUUGCCACAGUUCUCCACAAAUUUACUGGAAAUGGAGAUGAAACAAGUGUUGCCAUGGACCUUGCCAGGAUCUCCCUUCACAUGGUUAAAGUAGAAAAAGAGAACAAACAGUACAAGAGCCUUGUAUCGGCACUAUCUGCUGAAAACAGUGACUUGAAAAAUAGGAUACCUGAAAGGGAUAGGACCAUAAACGAAUUGAGGCAAGAGAAUGGUAAACUGAAGCAGACAGUUAUCAAACUUCAGCAAGAACGGCAUGCACGGUCUACUAGUUCACUGGCAUCUGAUGAUUGGGUUACGGUUACCAAGCAAGGAGAAUCUGAAGAGGAACAAGCUCAAAGGCAGUCUCAUACAGAGGUGCAAGCAUUGGAGCGACGACUUGCAAAAAUUGUCAGCCAGAGAAAUGAGUUGCUUGAAGUAAACCACAAAUGGUCAGCAGACUAUGGAAAACUACAGCAAGAAUACCAACAAGAGGUGCUGCAGCUAGGACAACAGUUGAAUGAAGCCCAACAACAACUGGCUGCACAUGUCAGCAUGGAGGGCAAGAGGCAGAGAGACAUUGAUUCUUUACUUUUGUCUGCAAAAAAGAGAACAGAAAUUGAGGAGACUGCAAAGGAGGAAGCGUUGCAGUUAUUGCACUUAGAAAGACAGAAGAGACAAACUCUUGAAGAACAACUGCGUGUCAUUGGUAGUGGUGUUCAGCAAACUGGGAGAGAGGGUAAACCUUGGGAUGGACUCGCAAGGAGGAACAAGAUUCAAACUGGGUCUGCCAGCAGCUCUGAUGUUGAGUCUAUGAGAAAUGAAAUCACAGCACUUCUACAGCAGGUUGCCAUGUUCAGGGAAGACUUUGAGCAAGAGAGACGAGACAGAGAAAGGAUUCAAGCCGAGAAAAUUUCUUUAGAAGAAGCAAGUGAUCGCUUGAAAGAGCAAUUGACAAAUAGAGAUCAGAAGGUUGAAGACUUGGAAGAGGAAGUUACUUUGAAAAGAGAUCAGGUCCGAUUACUGGAGCGCCAGAUUCGUGACAUGCAGAAUAUCCAGCAGUCUGGGCCCUUAAUGGCUGGUGGACGCAGUGUCAGCACAGGGUCAGCAGCAUCACAGAAUAAGUGGCCUUGCCAGAGCUGCACAUAUCUCAACGCCUCCUCACGCACUGUGUGUGAAGUUUGUGGCUCCACUAGAAGCUAUCAUGGUUCAGGUUACAGAAGCAGCAGUUGCAGUCAAAUCCCAGCAUCAAUUCCUCAGCGUCGUCUACAGCCACGAGGAGAGGAUGUGAUGGAUGAGGUAUUUGAAGAUAGUUCUCCAUUCAUUGAGGAAUAACCUGGAUUGAAGGUGGAUUUCUUCAGAGUGAAGAUAAUUCCUUGUAUAUGGGAUGUACUUUAUAUAGACUAGCUGUGUCUUUUCAACUAGAAUUGUGUAUAGGACCAUCACAAAUAUUGAAAUCAUUAAUGUUACAUUUAUGUUACCCAUUGUAUUUAUUUAGGAAUACUUUUUAAACUGUGAAUAUUACAGUAAGGCUCUUUUUUUUUAAGGAAACCUUUGAAAAUCUGCUAGCUUUAAAUUUGUAAAAUGGUUUUUGAUAUAAACAAUCUGUUGGAAAAUUCAAGGAUCAUAUUAACAUUUUCUUAUCAAAGGUGCACUCACAAUUUCAGUGAUAAAGGUAUGUCUUAUUAUUUUAGGAAGACGGACAUAUAUAGUAAUCUUUCAAACCUUGCUUUGAGGAAGUUAAGAAAACUAUACUUAAAAGAAAUGGAAAUUUGUAAUAUGAAUUUGUUG